GUUGAAGAUAAUGAAAUUACACUGGAUAUUAUUAAGAAUGAUCUUGUGCAAUACUUUUGCAAUAAAAAGCGUGCAAUGCCAAAAGAGCAAAAGAAUUAUAUUAUAUAUAGUGGUUCGACUGAUGCUGCAUUGGAAGAAAUUCUUCAGAUUUAUUCAAUACAGGGUAAUGAUAUUUUCUACCUAUAUGAACGUGGAGCUACAGAAAGAAACCCAUUUCGGCCUGCUGAAAUGCCUACACGAAGGAUUUUAAAUAUCAGUACUCCUAAAAUUCAUAGUGCAAAGCCCCGAAAAUCGACCGAAUCAUCAGCUGCAUUUGAAUUAGACCAAACCUCAUUAGGUAAUCUGGAAGAGCAAUCAAAUUUAUUGUCUCCGUCAAUUCAAAAACGAAGAACAGUUGCGAUUCGUAAUCGCAAACGUAGUGUUUCAAGAAGACAG